AUGAAUAAGGUGAUCCUAACGACGUACCGCAGUCUGCUGAAGAUGUGCAGUAGAGCCGAUCGCGACCUUGGCAUGCGUUCCAUGCUAUCCUGUGCUCCAAUCCAAGUGUACAAUCAUAGCAUCAAUGAGUGGGUACCGCUGAACGUGGGGAAGCUGUCGUCGUGGCAAGAUAGUCGCAUUUUUGUCGACAACUUGAUUCGACGCCUUAACAACAUCAGGCAAUUUUACAUCCCACCAAGCCUACAUGAAGAGACUGUGACGGCCAUGAAUUUGCAUCGCUUGAGGAUUGCGCAGCAAAAGGCCGAUGAGUCAAUAAAGGAUAGCAAACCUGUAAACCCAAAGGGGGAUGAACCCGGGAUGAAGGCCUCAUCUUCGACAUCAGCUCCAGGGGAUAGACCCGCCUCUGAAUCAACUUCAAAGGGGUUCGAAAAUUCUAGUAAUGCUGUCAUUACGCGGGUUCCUUUGGAUGUAAAGCCAUACGAUCUCUUGUGUCCAACUUUGCGUUUUUUUUUCGAAACUACACCCUUUUCCGCAAACCAUCUUGCCAACGCCUUUGCUGCUGUCAAGGAAUUGAGCUACCUGUGUAAGAUCGCUGACCAGCAUAAGGAUUCUAUAGUGGGGGUUCCAGUUGAGCUCCAAAACAUCGAUCGUCCUGUUGUUCAACGCAUACUAGAGUUACAACCAAUGCAUCAUCUUCACCUUAUCAAAGGACUCACAGACGAGCUCCGACAGUCACUUAUGAGCCGGGGCGCCCGUUACGCCCACAAGAUAGAAGCCAGAAGAAAAGAGGCUCGCGGAAAGGUCGGACGUGGGUCCGAUGAGGAAGUGGAUGUGUCUCAUUCGGAGAGCGGUGAUAUAGGCAGUGACACCGAGGAAAGUGUGGAGCUGACUUCCGAAGGUGGGGCCGCCGAAACGACGGAGUCCAAGCAAGCGGAGGAGGCCUCAAUCGAUCCCGCGUCAUCUAUUCAUCUUGAAGAAGCUGAGGGUGCUGUUGAAGAAGACACGGCUGACGAUAACGAUGUAGACAACGAUGAGUCGGAUCAAGCGGCGUCAUCUGUUCCUACAACCCCAAAGACUGUGCAGUUGCUUCUGGCGCACCCGCAGCUUUGUGGUUUCUUUCGCCACAGCGUGAUGUUGGUAGUAAGACACGCCAGCAACGAGUCAGCCGCCUUUGUUCUCAACAAACCACUUGAGAACGAUGAAGGGACUCAGGUGCCAGUAGGCGCGACUGUUCGCUUCAGUCGUGUGCACAAAAUUUUCGAGAAGUAUUUUCGCAUGCACACUAUUAUGGUGGGCGGCCCAGUUAUGAUGGGCACAUUCGAGGACAAUCUGUUCCUGCUCCAUUCAAUUCCAGGGAUACCCAACGCGCUUCCUAUCGCGGAUGAUUUGUGGCUCAAUGGUGAUUUUGAUGUCUUAAUGGAAAAACUUGACGCUAAUGAGGUGUCACCAAAGAGUGUGGUGAUAAUGUGCGGCUUCUCGGGAUGGGGAGCGGAUCAACUUAGAGGGGAGAUAGAGUCCGGCACAUGGAUAGUGGCUAGCGCCUCCCCUAACGAUUCGCGAACAUCAAAUAUGGUUCUUUCGGUUUCCCGCCACUCUGGCGCGCACGCGCUGUGUGAGGCUGAUGGUGACAAGGUUCCAAAGAAGGAUUCUGAAACAGAGACUUCAGAUGAACAAAAGGUAUUGAAUUCCUUAGGUGGCGGCAGUUCUGGGAACCCUUUUCGUGCACGGACAAAAUUCCAGGGGACGGAGUCUUGGGUGUGGAUGUACGAUUCACUCGGCGAGCCACUGUCUGGACUGACAAGGAAUCAAAAGCCCGAGGCAGUAGAAUCUCCAGAUCGAGAAUAG